AUGUUUAUUAUAGAAAAAAUACAGGGCAACAGUAAGAUUGGUGUGCCUGUAUUUUCCCGAAUUGGCAAAAAGUCAAAUUUCAAGUUCUAAGUAUUUCAAGAAGGAUAUUAAGAGAAGAAAGAUAAACUAUUAAAAAAUAGGAGAGAGACUCAGCUUCAAACAUUCUUCAGAGAAUACAAAGAUGUUGGAGAUCAAUUAUAAUAAGAAAAGAAUAGGAUUGAGAAUAGAUUAGUGUAGAUAGAAAUAGAGUUGUAAAAAUAGAAGAAUGUGCCUAAAAGAAAAGACAAGCCAGAUGACAAUCUCAGUCCCAGUGCUGGUGGACUUGAUGGUGAUAAGUCUAAGAAUAGAAGAAAGAGAAGACAAACUUAAAAUGCUGUAUAACCUUAGCAAGAUGAAAACUAAACAGAGAGUCAAAGCUAAGCUAUGAAGAAAUUAAAAUCAAGGCCAGUGAGUAACAGUUGCCAGUUCAAAUCAAUAUCUAGAGAUCAUUACUAUAUAGUCCAUUAAAACAUGUUUAGAGAUGAUGCUCCACCUCCUAUUGGACAUUAUAAUCCGAAAUUCACAUCAAUCCAGAAGUAUGAUAAAAGCAACUAUGUAAUCUUAGAGGAACGAAGGGAAAAUGAAAUCGCUGCUAAAGAUCUCAAAUAAAAAUAAUUUAUAGAGAAAUUUCAAGUAUGCGAUAAGUUCAGGAGGUAUGUCUAAGGUGGUUUAGGAAAUUUUAAGCAUAGAAGAGAUAUCAGAUCUUAGUCUUUGAUGCCUGCUAGCGAUAGUAAGGCAUAAAUACUAAGUUCUUCUACUGGGUCUGCUCGUGAUGACGUUUAGAUUAAGAUUAUUGAGCAUAGACUUUCAGAUGCAUCUAAUGAUGAACGCAGCUCGCCAAUGUCCAAAAGAAAAUCCUCCAAAAAUGACUAAUCACCAAAGUUAAAGUCUCCAACUCAUGAAAUGCAAAUAUAGAGAGUUAGUUCAUCUCCUAAAUAAAGAUUAAUGACUCAAGAAAGCUUAAAUUACAGAAUUAACCUCAACUAAAUUCCGAUCGAAGCUAAAAGAAUUAGUACUGCUCAAAUGGUACAGGUAGUACCCUUCAGUAGAAACACAUAUGAAUCUAAUUAACAACUAAUAAAAAAUUUUGAUGAGUCAUUUGAAAAGAAUAUGACCUAUGACUUAAAAAGAAACAAUAAGUUAGGGUAGUCAAUAGAUUAAAGGUAUCACCCUUAAUAGUCUAUAGGAGCAUCAACUUCGUUAAAUUCAUACUAAGCGAACUAGCCCAGAUCCUAACCAGGUUAAAGAAUAGGCAGCGCUGCUACUCAUAAAUCAUAUCUAGGUGAUUUCUAUGGUUUUAACGGAAAUAAUGCAGACAGUGGCCAUGUAAUUAUAACAGAUGUUGAGAAUAAUACAACAACAACUUUUAGACCUAUUGAUGGUUUCAGUUCUCACAUUAAAGGUAUUUAAGAAGAGUUCUCAUUUCAUGAUGUGUCUUAUCGAAAUAGUAAGACUGGUAUAAAUAAUAACUAAACCGAGUCGUCAAAGCAUUAAAGUGAGUAUCAACUCACUAUGCAUUAGAAUUUUACUUAGGCAGCGGAUAUGGAGUAAAAAUAACUAAUAAAUAGAUCGAAUAUAUUCAGAAACUAGCCUAUUAAUCCUUAUAAGACUUUUAACUUGACCAAUAGUGAUAAGAAAUAAUCAAAUGCUUCUAGAUUACUAAAAGGACCAGAUAUGUCAAAGAAUCUUCCUCGAGAAUUUGAAAACUUUAAUCAAUAAUCUAGGAAAAGACCAAGUUAAAAGCUGAGUGAGGGACCAAGAAACUUGAUAUAUGAUCCUUCAUUUAAAAUAGUUGAUGAAAGAAAAGAUAAGCAUAUGAGGAACUUUGAGAAAGUGAUUAGCAGAGAUCAGUAACAAAAAUCGAUCUAUGAUGCAAUAAAGCCUGUUACUACAAUUAUUUAAACGCAUGAACUCAACGAUAUUUCCAAAUGCUAUGAUUAGCUCGCUCAUGUAAAGAAGGAUAAAGCUCCUGAUUUAAAGAAGUUUAAGGAUAGAGAUUUGGAUUACAUUAUCAAGGGAUCUGAAGCUUACAAUAAUAUAUAGAGAGACAAUGAAAGAUAUGAAUAUAGAAAUAUGUUUAAGUUGAAACGCUCGAGGGCUUCGAGAUCAAGCUCAAUAUCCAAAUAAAGCAAAUCAAUUUCCUAGAAGAAGGAAUGA